AUGAGUCACAUUCGUUUAACUCAAGUAUUAAUUCAUAAUAAUCCAUCAACAUUCGAUAGUCCAUUUAUAUUUGAUAUAUCAUUUGAAUGUAUUAGCCCAAUUAAAGAAGAUUUAGAAUGGAAAGUAUUAUAUGUUGGAUCAGCAGAUACAGAAAAAAAUGAUCAAAUAUUAGAUAGUAUACUAUUAGGACCAGUUUCAGUUGGUCAAAAUCAAUUUGUUUUUGAAGUUGACCCACCAGAUCAAAAUAGAAUUCCAAAAGAUGAUUUAUUAGGUGUUACUGUUGUUUUCUUAAUUUGUGCAUAUAAAGGUGAGGACUUUAUUAGAGUUGGUUAUUACGUCAAUAACGAAUAUUCUGACCCUGAAUUAAGAGAUAACCCUCCAGAAACCCCAAUUUUAUCAAAAAUUACAAGAAGUGUUAUGGAUGAUAAGCCUGCUGUAACAGGUUUUCCAAUUCAAUGGGAUUAA